CCCGCGGAGCCCCGCGAUGCUCCGCCGCCGCCUGCCCCUGCUCGGGCCCUGGCUGCUGCUGCAGAUGGUCUGUGCUGAGGGCCACAUCACCAAGACCCUGGGCUACCUGGAGCUCGGCACCUCCGGCCUCCUCAAGGACGUGCCCUAUGGCAGCCUGAAGCCCCCCGCACUGGAGCCUGAGCGGCUGGUGCCAGGUGAGCCGCUGCAGGGUGCAGGGCAGCCCACCAGCACCGUGCGUGGUCCCUGGGACUGGCAGAGGAACCAGACGGCCAGCGGGGUGCCAAGCCCCCGGGCCCGGCACAAGCCCUCGCUCAAGGCCACCCGCGCCAAGAAAAUCUUCGGCUGGGGUGACUUCUACUUCAACAUCAAGACGCUGAAGUUCAGCCUACUGGUGACAGGGAAGAUUGUGGACCACAUCAAUGGCACCUUUAGCGUUUACUUCCGCCACAACUCCUCCAGCCUGGGCAAUGUCUCGGUGAGCAUUGUGCCGCCCUCCAAGGCAGUGGGCUUCGAGGUGCUGCUGCCGGCGCCUGCCGCGCUCCCCCGCCCCCCGCCCCCACAGAGCACUCUGCCCCAGGGCCGUCCCAAGGCCCUCAACUGCCAUGUGGAGUACGAGAAGACCAAUCGGGCACGCAAGAACAAGCCCUGCCUCUACGACCCUUCCAAGGUGUGCUUCACAGAGCACAUGCAGAGCCAUGCUGCCUGGCUCUGUGCCAAGCCCUUCAAGGUCAUCUGCAUCUUCAUCUCCUUCCUCAGCAUCGACUACAAGCUGGUGCAGAAGGUCUGCCCUGACUACAACUUCCAGCAUGACAAUCCCUACUUUGGCUGACGGUCCUGCAGUGGUACAGCGGGCAGGUGCAUGGGGCUGGUGGCAGGUUUCAGUGUGCAACAGGCUGUGGGCUCUAGCAUGCUGCUGUGCCCAAGAGUGGCCAGCUGCAGUGUGUGUGUGUGGGGGGGGAGUGGGGCUUUUCCAGUUUGUGCAGAUGUGUGAGAUGUACGUGUGUGUGCAUGUGUGGAUGCACGUGUGUACACUUGUUUGCACCCUUCCAUGUGUGUGGAUGCAUAUGUGCAUGAACACACGAUGCACACUUGUGUAUGCACCUCGAUGCGUGUGCAAGCAUGUGUGCAGGCUCAUGUGCAGACUUCUAUGUGCAUGGAUGCACAUGGGCACACUCACAUAUACCCGUGUGAUUCCAUGUGCAGCCACACAAGUGCAUGCUGGCCAGCAUGCUUAUGCAGGUCCCCGUCCUGGGUAUUCUGGAGCCUUUCCCCAGCCCCAUCUGCUCCUCCUUGCUCAGGAGCACCCUGGCUGGCAGUGGACGUUGGGGCACCAAACCAAGCCUGUAGCACCCUAUGGAGAGUCCCCCUGCUACUGCCUGGAGAGGAAAAUGCCCAAUUUUGCAGUUUCCUGCCCAGAUUUGUCCCCCUGGCCCUGGCUGAGUUGACCCCACGGUGAAGAGGGACGUGCCCAGGGCUGGGGCUCGGCACACGCAAUCCCCUACCCCAUGUUGGGCCCGCUGCCCGCCACUCCUGCCCUCACCUGGCUUUGGGCAGAGGCUUCGUCCUAUUUUUUUUUAAGAAAAUCAAAAUUAAAAAGUGGAA